AUGAAAAAGAGAAAAAGUUGCCUUAUGCUGUGGAAAAAUAUACUGGAUGGAGAAGUGAAGAGAAGAAAUUAUCGAAGAAAUGUCAUGACAACAGUUGGAGAUUAUAAAAAGAAAAACCGAUUUGAAAUAUGGAAAUAUAGCAGUUGUGAUACAUACAAGGUAGAUUUAUCUUUUGAUGAAAACUAUAAAACUAGUAAAGAUAAAGAAUUUUUGCUCAGCAGAAGAAUAAGCAAAUAUAAAAGCAUAAAAAGUACUGAUAUAAAAUAUAUUUUUUUAUUUCUGCAUUUUAAUGAAUCAUGUAGUAAUCAUUUUAUUUGCAAGACUAAUCCAAGUAACCAUAUACCAAUUCAAGUACUAUCCAAACUGAACUACUUACUUUUAAUAAAAAAAAUAUUAUUAAAUGAUACUUCAUUAAAUAGGUACAUAGAGUAUAUAUAUUUUAAUUAUGUAUUGCCAAAAAGUGAAACAAACCUUACCAAAUCGGAUGCACCAUGCAGGAUUAACAAAAACAAGUUUGGUGAUUCCCCCAAGGGAAGUAAAUCACUAGAUAAACAAGUUUCUCAUCAGACUGAAUAUUUCUCCAUAUCUGAUACAUGGAUUGAUCAAGAGAAAAAUGGAAAAAAGAAAAAUAUCUACGAUGGAAAUUCACACAAAGGGAAAGAAACCAGUGGGGUGAAAUGGCCAAGGGAGAAAAGAAUAUACCAAGAGAAGAAGGGAAAUUUCUGUUUAAGCAAAAUAAGGGACAUUUUCAAAAAUGAAGAAUACCAAAUUGUAAUACAUAGUAAUAUAAAUAACAGACUUAUAAAACAUAUAUAUGUAGAAGAACUAGAUAAUCAAAUAAAGAUUCAACUGAAUUACCUUUACAUGUUUGAUAAUCAAAUGAUGGAUAAAAAGAUUCUCUUACAAAUGUACACUUUUUGUGAAUAUUUCAUAAAUGAAAUGGAAAACCAGACAAAUGAAUUUUUAUUUUUCUUGGAUAGAUUAUGCGAAAAGAUGUUACACAAAAUGAAUUUCAUAGAUUCAAUCUUUAUUUUCUAUAUUCAUAUCAAAUUUAAUUACUAUAAUCAUUUAUUUUUAUACAUUUUAAUUCAAAAAGUGGAAUAUUUUAUGCACACUGUUUUAACAAUCCUAAAGGAAAAUAAUGAAAAAGCUAAACAGUACAUGAACAGAAUAAAAUAUAACCAAAAAUCACUUAUUCUAUUUUUUCACUCUUUAAGCAAUUAUUUUUUUUACCUCAACCAACCACAAAAUGUAUCUAGAUAUAUGGACAAAUUAAUACAUAUAAAACGCCUAAUUUAUAGCCAAUUAGGUAUUACACAGGUUCUUCAAAUUUUGGGAAAAAAUUACGAAUCAUACACUCUUCUUGAUUAUACUUUAGCACUUUCUUCCUUCUACAAGUUAGGUAUAAAAAAUGACUUGAUCAAAAAAAUUUUACUAAAUUUUGUAGAUAAAAAAGUAUUACUUUUAAUCAACCAUGAUAGGAAAACUGAUACUACAAAUAAACUUAGUCAUACAAAAUCAACCAUUAAUCAGAAAAACAUACAACAGUACACGUCACUUUUGAAUAUCUUUUCAAAAUGGUUCAUUUCUUUUGAAUAUACUGAAAAAGAAUACAACAAAGUUAUGCGAAUUUUAUUAAUUCUUUUUGAAAAUGCACUCUGGAUUGUUUUGAAAUUGUUUAUAAGUAAUAAUAAGUACCAUUAUCCUUCGAACAACAGUGUAAAGGAUUUCAACUAUCUCCUCCUCAGUGGAAAUUCUUCGACUGAGAGGGAUGAAUCUGAUAGAUCAUUUCGUUCCAAUAAUAAAAUUUCUAUAAAUGAUACACUAAAGGGUUGCAAAUAUUUGUCGAACGAGAAGAAUACUAUGUCCAUUAACACAUUUACAACGGAACAUGUGAAUUAUUUUACAUUCAUUAAGCUACUACAAUUGAGGAAUAGAUGGAAAAAGGAAAAAAAAUAUGGAUGGGAAGAAAAUCCUUCAUUAGAUAAGACCAACAUAGUUAAUACUUUCACUGGAUCCUAUUGCACCAAUAAUUUUUACUUACAUCAGAUCGAAAGUGAAAAGAAUAACAACUGUGAAGAUGUUUACUGUGUCGAAAAAAUUAGAGAUAACAUAAAGUUCAUUGUAAACUGUCUAAAUUCGACAUACAAAAUAGUUAAUCAUUUCAUUGUAAAUUACAGUAUUAACGAAUUGGGGAAAAAUUUCAAUAAAAUUCUUAUUUACAACUUUGUGAAUAAAAUGAUUUAUGAAAAAAAAAGCACCAAAUAUUCUUCCCCUUAUUUGAAUCAUCUAUAUAGAAAUAUCAUGAGUGAAAGCACAUUGCUGAACUACACUCAUGUCGGGGCAAUAAACAUAAACCGAUUGUUUAUGUGCAGUUACAUAAAUACUUUUGUUCUCUCUGAUUUUGUGGAUGUAUAUAUAAAUCGCUUGGUGAGCGAAUUGGCUAGUGAUGUGGUUACAUCUGAUUCUGUUCAGAAUAUGCAUAGCGAGAUGCAGUUCCAUUCCCAACUGUUUGCAAACGCUUUGGGGGCCAUCCAAAACUUGAAUCUCCGAAGAUAUGACAUUUUUGAGAACAUUUCCUAUUUCAUCAAAAGAACCCAUUUCCAAAUAGAUGUGGUUAAUAUAGGGAACAUCAUACACUCCUUUGCAUCUAUCAAAAUGAGGGACGUAAAACUAAUCGAGUUUCUGUUAAACCAAUUUAUUUGCUACACAAAUGAGAUGAAUAAGGAAAAUAACAAGGAGAUAAGUGAACAGACGCUUAGUAAUAUCGCCAUUUCUUUAUUAAAACUUGAUUUGCCGAAUGAAAAAUAUAAUGAAAUUAUUUUUAGGAAUUAUAAAAAUGUGAAAUCUGCACAAGCUCUUAUAAAUAUUACCUUAUACAUUUGUUAUUAUAAUUUUAUAGACAAAUUUGUGCAGGAAAAAAAUUUUACUCACUUUUUUAAUCAAAUAAACAUAACAAAUAUGAACAAUUUUACUGUGCAAAACCAGACGCAAUUACGAUUAAUUGCUUUUUUAACACUUCAUGUUUAUCAUUAUACUUUUGGAUAUAAGCAUAAAUGUUAUGAUGGCCAGAGAUAUAUACCUUUGGAUACAUUUAUUACACAUUUGAAUGAACUUCAAAAGAUCACGUUAGACAUACAAAGGGGUGGUAGUAACCUUUCCAAUGUUUCUUUUUCCCAAGGACAUGUACAAAAAAUGCAUAAUUUUGUGACCAUUUUAAACAAAAAUGAAAAAAUGAAGAAAAAAAAAAAGGUUUUCGUCAAAUUAAAUAAAUUCUUUUACAAAUCAAAAACUGCUUCGUUUACAACAUACACGAGAGAUCUCAACAGUUUCUUCUACUACAAAGACGGUUUGAAAAGAAAAAAAAAAAUAUAUAUUACCCCUUGCCACUAUUCAUAUUGUAAGAAGCGUACCAAUAAGAAAAGCAGAAAAAGCGUUGAAACGAAGAAAAUUUAUAACUUUCCAUACUUGAGAAAUGCAAAAAGAAACUUGACAAGUCCUUAUUUAUAUCCCACAGAUAGAGAUAAAUUUCUUAUAAACAUGUUCGAAAUUUUUAGUUAUAAACAUAUGAAUAAUAAUAUAACAAAAAACGCGAAACCCCUAUUGAAUGAGAGACAUUAUUUGAAUCUCAAUUUUGUCGCAUCCUUUCCCAUAUUAGAAAACCAUAUUAAAACAACUUCCAUGUUGCAUAAUGAGAUAUACGAUAUCAUUGCCUCCUUGAACUUUGAAAAACAAAUGACAAAGGAGUUGUCACACUACCCAUAUUAUGUGGACAUAGUUCUCACCUAG